AUGAUAUCAAAUAGCUUUCAGAAGAUUAAAAAAGUGAGAUCAUAUGUGUUGGAGGUGGCCAUUCAGUGUGGCUAUGCAGGGAUGUUUGUAAUCGUCGCGGUUUCUUUGAAACAUGGACUGAGUCACUAUGUGUUCGCUGUGUAUCGCCAUAUACUUGCUACACUUGUUAUUGCACCCUUCGCUCUUGUCCUCGAAAGGGGAAGAAGGCCAAAGAUGACUCUCCCUAUCUUCCUUCAAAUAAUGCUGCUUGGAUUACUCGAGCCAGUGAUUGACCAGAAUCUAUACUAUAUGGGAAUGGAGUACACCUCUGCAACAUUUGCAUCUGCAACUGUCAAUCUUGCUCCUGCAUUCACCUUUAUCAUGGCGAUUCUUCUCAGGCUAGAAAGAGUUAAUAUUAAGAAACCGCAAAAUCUAGGCAAGGUGAUUGGAACUAUCAUAACAAUCAUAGGGGCCAUGGUGAUGACAUUAUACAAAGGUCCCAUCAUCACCAAACAAAGAAGCCACCACAGAGCUAGCAAUGAAUCAGCUGCAGGCAAACAUUGGAUCCUCGGAACCAUAAUGCUCCUAAUCGGUUGUUGCAGCUAUUCAGGCUUCUUCAUAGUGCAAUCAAUCACAAUAAAGAAGUAUCCAGCGGAGCUGACUCUUACAGCUUUAGUAUGCUUAAUGGGAGCGGUGGAAGGCGCUCUUUUGACAUUUGCGAUGGAACAUGCAGACAUGAAUGUCUGGAAAGUAGGCUGGGACUCCAGGCUUCUUGCCAUUGCUUACUCAGGAUUGCUGAGCUCUGGAAUUGGGUAUUAUGUGCAAGGUGUGGUGAACAAAGACCAAGGGCCAGUUUUUAUAGCGGCUUUCAGCCCUUUAGCCAUGGUGGUCACUGCAGCUUUAGGGGUCGUAUUUUUAGCUGAGCAACUGCAUCUGGGAAGCGUAAUUGGAGCCAUUGUGAUAACAGUGGGACUUUACACUUACGUGUGGGGCAAAAGAAAAGAUCUUGCAAGCUCAGAGUCACAAGAUGCAGCAUUCACAGUUGAGAAAGACGAUCAUCAACAAUAUGAACUUCCUGUUACAAACAAUGCUGCGUCGAUCAAAGAUGACAAUGCAAUCGAUGGGGCCUCCCAAAAUUCCACCAAAUAG